AUGUUCAUUGUUCAAAAAAAGAAAAGAGAAAGGGAGGGAGAGGGUUUGGAAUUGGACAAGCGUCAAUUUCACUGUCACCAGUGUCAGAAAACUUAUCGGGAAAAAACUAGUCUCAACCGUCACUUACGAUGGGAUUGUGGUAAAUUACCACAGUUUAGAUGUAACUAUUGUCAAUACGAAACAAAAUGGAGGUUUCGUAUAAAGGAACAUUUUUUAAGGAAUCACAUGGAAUAUUCGGAAGUUCGUUUCACGCCGGAAAAUCUAUUGCACUUUUUGGGAAAAUGA